AUGCAGGGCGCUGGAGGUGGCCAAGCCCCGGGUGAUGAUGUGGCCAAGCUGGAGGACUCCCGGGUUCUGUCCUGGGACCUAGGGAUGACCCAGGCGAUACAGGUUGGAUGGUCAAGAAGUCCGGUGUUUGUGUUCCAGCUGAAAGCCCAGGCGCCGGGGAGCGCGGAGGAGCUGCGGUGCCUGCAGGUCAUCAACCAGCAGCAGGAGGGCUCCAGCCUGGAGGAGCUGAUCAGCAACCAGUCCUGCCUCAAGCUGGCCAACACCAUCAAAGCCUACGUGGCCACGGUGACGGAGAGCGUGGUCCGCAGGAGCGCCGUGAAGGAGGCCCAGCGGAGCUACUCCAACACCUCGGAGGGGCAGGUUUCUCCCAGGACAGCCGGCAAGCCCUCGGCGCAUCUCACCCUCCGCCCGCAGAGCCUGGCCCAGGAUGGUGAGCGGGGGAGGCCCACUGGGCACCGGGGGGGUUCCCGAGGUGGGAACGGAGGAAAGCGCUCACCCAAAUGACGGGGGAACCAGAAUGGGAGGAUGCACGUGGCGGCAGACGGGGAGAGGGGUGGGCGGCUGGGGGUCAACCGGGCGGGCAAGUACUACGUGUCUACUCCCAUCUACUUCCGCUACCCCAGCGACGGGGCCGGCGCCCGCGUCGCCGUCCCCCAGCUCGUGCAGUGCAUCAACUGGAAGACCUCCUACAGCCAGCCCAUCCUCCUGCUCAAGGGGGUGGGCACCAAGUGCUGGGCGCCCGAGGCGGACUACGGGCUCCACACGCUCUACCAGGGGGGACUCUUUGAGCUGAAGGCCGGCGAUGAGCUCUUCGUCUCCGUCUCCUCCUUGGCCAUCAACUACAACGACGCAGCAGCCAGCUACUUCGGGGCUUUCCGGCUGGACCUGUGA